AUGAAAUGGCUAGUUUUUCUUUUUGCCAGUGCUUUUUCAUUGAUUUGUGAGGAAAGCUGCGUAAGGAGCUGUAGAGAAGAAAAAGAAUUAAAUAGAUGCUUAAGUGACUGUGGCUGCGUGGAAAAAGAAAUAAGUCUUGUGGUAGAAGCUGUGGAUAUAGCAUUUGUGAUGCAGAAAAUUCCUUUAGAGUAUAAUGAUAUUGUAUUUAGUUUGACUGGCUGCAGCUUAUAUUGUGAAGAACCAUGCUGGAAUUUUGAAAAUAAAGCGGAUAUUUUGCAGUGUUUGAAGGAGUGCAAUUGUUUUGAAUUGGUAGGGAUUGUGAAAACGAGUGAAAGGGAAAAGAGUCAAAAAUUAGAUUUAAAUGAAAAGAAUAAUAUGGAAAAUGAAGAGGCUGGUAGAGAAAAUAUUGAAGGAAUUAUAAAUGUUUUAGAUAAUAAUAUUGAUAUGAGCAGAAAAUAUAAUAUUUAAGUUUAUUGAAUUACUCUAGCAUAAUAGUGCCCUCAGUCUCCUUUUAACUUGAGGGUCCAGCUACGUUAACAGCCCUGAGCAACGGUAGGUGAACCGACCUAACCGUCGAACCAUUAAAGUUAAUAAGUCAGUUAAGACUUCUCUAGUCGGUGCCAGACUCAGCACUGACUUCUGCUCUUCCAGCCAGACUCUCACUAAGCUCGGAUUUUAGGUCCUUGUCUGUUUUACCAGAAGCUAGGACUUAUCCCUAACUGAUAUUUUUAAUAUUAUGGUUAUAAUAUUACUGAAAAUGAGCAGGAUAAAAUAGAAAAAAAUGAUAUAGAAAACCAAGAGGCUGAUAUAGAAAAAAUCGGAGCUAUAGAUAACACUAAAAAUGAGCAGCAAGAGGAUGAAAUAGAAAAAAAUGAAAUAAAAAAUGACAUAGAAAGCCAAGAGACUGAUCUAGAAAAAAUCGGAGGUAUAGAUAAUACUGAAAAUACUAGCAGAAAUUAUAAUUUUACUGAAAAUGAGCUUCAAAAAGAGGAAAUAGAAAAAAUUGAAGCUAUAGAUAAUACUGAAAAUAUUAGCAGAAAUAAUAAUUUUACUGAAAAUGAGCAGCAAGGAGAGAAUUAUAUUCAGUAUGAACAAAAAGAGGCUGAAAUAGAAUAUAAUGAGCAGGAUUCAAGAUUAAAUAUCAGCAAUAAAAAUUAUGUGGUAGAAGAAGAGGAAUUUAAAAAUCAAAUAGAUCAGGGUAAAAGUGAAGAAGCUGAGUCAGAUAUAAACAGCCCAGAGUAUAACUUUACACAAAUAUUUGAAAGUUUAAUUAAAAAUCUGACUCUUGGAAUUUUUGAUCAUGAUACAGAACAAGCUGGAAUAACUUUAAAUGAAGAUAAAAAUAUCAAAAUUGAUGAGAAUGACCCUGAAUUUGAUAUAGAAAGAAUUGAGCCUUUUAAUAAUUCAACAGAAGAUAUAUUAUCAUUAAAUAGCUCAACAGAAGCAGAUUUACCAUCUAAUUAUCCAACAGAGGCAGAAAAUCCUUCAGAAAAUCCAACUGAAUUCGCAAAUGAAGUAAUAAACAAUGAUACAAAUAUAGAGAAAAAUGACAAACCCUAUGUCGCUCAAAUCGAUCAAUUAUUUUUAGAUAAUACUACAACUCAAGAUCUAUUCCAAAUGCAGCUAAAUAACACUAGAUAUAAUUCUACUGAAGAUGAAGAUCUAAAACUCGAGCCUAAUGAAAAUAUUUCCAAUAAUUCUCAUGAAAUUAUAGAAAAUUCUGAUGAAAAAUUGCUAAUAGAAAAUAUCAAUAAAACUCACUCCCCCCCCCCCUUUAAAUUGAAACAAAAUUUUUGUUUCAAUUUAAAGGGGGGGGGGAGUCAAGAAAUAAAAUCAGAGAAUUUAGCUGAGCCACCAAUAGAAGACAUAUCAGAAGAGCAUACUGGUAAGCCAGAUUUUAUCUCAGAAUCUUUGGUUGAAGAAGUAUCAGAAGAUUAUAUUAAUAAAGCUCAAGAAACAUCAGCUGAAGAGGUAUCAGAAGAAAAUACUAAUAAAAGCCUAGAAGCUUCAGCUAAAGAAUUAUUAACUGAAGAGGAAAUUCAGACAAGCAACCUAUCCCUUCAAGCAAACUUUUCUUCUGAAAAUGUAACAAAUGCACCCCAUUUUUAUAGUGAAAAUUCAAUAGAAAGCAAUAAAGAAAACCCUAAAAACAGCCAGUUCCUAUAUCAAGAUUUAGCUAAUGGCACAAUGCUUAACUAUAGCAAUAUAGAAUCAGAAACUAUAAAAAUUGAUAAUAAUACAAACGAAGAAAUGUGCGAUAUAAAUGAAUGUCAAGAAAACUCAAUGGCUAAUGAAAAUAAAACAAGCUUGAAUGCAAAUGACACAGUUAUUAAGGAAAGUCAAGCUUCAGAUAUAGAUGAUAAAAGUACUUCAAGCCGUAUAGAUGACAGACUCCCUUUGUAUUAUGAAGCUCAAAAGCUUUCAGAGUUGUGGGGAGAGGCUGAAACAUAUGGAGAUAAAUCUCAAGAGAUCGCAGAAAACAAAACAAGUGAAAGUGAAAGCGAAAACUCUAUAGAAAACAUAAUUGAGCCUGAAUUAGAGACAAAAAAUUAUUACCAAGCGCAACUAGAAGAACAAAUAGAAAAACUUACUCCCCCCUCCGUGAGUGAACAAAAAAAUUUUGUUCACUCACGGGAGGGGGGUUAAUUUUUUUUUUUAAAAAAAUUUAUAUAUAAAUUUUAUAGAAAAUAUUUUUUUUCGAAAUUUAAAAAAAUCCUAAUUUGCAAAAAUGGAAAAGCAAAUAUUAAUUUAAUUUAUAAAAUUUAUGUUUUAAAAAAGCAAUUUGUUAAAAAUUAAACAGAAAUAGCUCGAGAUUUCAUUAUAAUAAUUAUCUCUUAUAUAUCAAAAAAUUUUUCCAUAAACAAUUUUUCUAUUAAAAAAAUUUUUGUUCACUCACGGAGGGUGGGUUUUUGGGCAAAAAAUAGCGAUUUUUCUAAUGGUUUUGUUCACUAACGGAGGGGGGGGGGGGGCGAGUUACAGAAAAUACCACGAAGUCUGAAGACGAAAAUAUUAAGGAGGCAAAGGAGAAUACUAAUUUAUCUGCAAUAAAUAGAACUGAAGACAUACAAAAAGAUAUUCCUAGUCAAAAAGUAUAUGAAAAUUUAAAUAAUCUAGAAACAACCAAGGCAGAAAACAAGCAGCAAGUCUCUGAUAAUAAACUUGGAGAGACAAAAACAAUUUCUAAUAACCAGGAAAUAAACUUAAUAAGCCCUGAUCCUGAAAAGCUGAAAAAUCCAGAAACUGAUCUUGAGGCACCAAACAAAGAACAGAACUCUGAGCCAUUUCUUGAAGAUAAAAAAGCAGACCCAAAUAAUAAAGAAUUAACUCUGACAGAAAAUCUACCAAAUAACCCUAGCAGUCAAACCCCCAAAAGUGAGACAAAUCUUCAAAAUAACUCAGUAAACCCAUCUUCAACUAAAGUCUCAAUUGCUCCUUCCAAUUGUAUGGUCCAAUGCUCCCAAAUGUGUAAAAAACAAGACAGUGAGCUAAAAUGCCUUGAAGACUGCUUAACGACAUUUUGCAAAACUUUUGAAGAAAACUCAAGCUGAAGCAGCUUACUUGUAAUAGCAGGGAAUGGGUUUUCUCUUAUGUUUGUAGUCUACUGCAUAUGGAAAUUCAUAAAGCGAAAGGUGAAAUAUGAUGACGACGACUCUAUGUUUACUCCAAGAUAUUACAAUAUUUCAUAA